UGGGAUACCCGCACUGCAUGCCGGGAGGCCUCUCCCGAGUUAAUAUGCGCCUGCGCGACUCCGCCUCUUCCUUUUCGCGAGCAGAUAGACGGACGAGAUGGGUCACCAGCAGCUGUACUGGAGCCACCCUAGGAAAUUCGGGCAGGGAUCCCGCUCCUGCCGCGUGUGCUCUAACAGACAUGGACUGAUCCGCAAAUACGGGCUGAAUAUGUGCCGUCAGUGCUUCAGGCAGUAUGCCAAGGACAUUGGCUUUGUCAAGUUGGAUUAAGAGGAUUUCACUUUGAAGAUUCUGUCCAUGUUAUGAAAACAUUCAACUUAACAUCAGCACCAUGAGAAGACUUUAGUGUGAACUGAACACAAUUAUUUGUACAUAAAUAAACUGGUGCAAUCUUCA